AUGAUGGAACCAAUUGAUUUCUUUUCUACUUUUAUGACGGCUGAUAUGAUACGUAAUAUAGUUGGACAUACAAACGAAGAAAUUGUAUUGAGAAGUUCAAAAUAUAAAGAGCAAACCGCAACAAUUUCAUCAACAUGCGAAGAAGAAUUGACUGCUUUGUUAGGAUUGCUUCUGUUGUCAGCUGCGAAAAAAGACAAUCAUCUCACCAGCUUGGAACUAUUUGAUCCUACAUUUAGUGGAACCCGAUACAUAUCGCUUGUUAGAGAACGAGAUAUAAUACAGUGCCAGUGUAAAGAUGAUAACACGUUGUGCGUUACAGAGGAAGCGUCAUUCCGAGACACCUCAGUCUCGGUCAGCGAAGAUGUUUCGCAGCGAAGGCAAACCAUCAUCAGUUUCCGGAUCAGGAAUGCAGCCUUCCUCGUUACACAGCACACGGAGUCCACCGGAACUAAGAAAAUGGCUCCGCAGUGGAUUUAUCUUUUGAAAAAACCAUCUUUGGACACUUGUAAUACGUGUGACUCAUAUAAAAUGAAAAUUAAAUUGGCUUUACCGUCAGAUAUAGAAAAUCCAAAACAAGAACUUGAAGCCCACCAAAUACAAGCAGAUUCAGCUUAUGCAAUAAAAAAGAAAGACAAGGAGGAAUGUACAGAUGCGAAAAGGGGUCCACUGCAAUUAAGGAAGGUCGAUUCAUCUGGAGAAAAGUUUAUAUGGCAUGAUGUGAAAUGGUUCCGGUACAGUGGUGAAAAUGAAUCAGGCACAAUACAAUUUAAAACAAGCAUAGACUCGCCUGAAUUCGAAAAUAUUUCUUUUAGUAGAAGAGGCAAAGCAAACGAACCGUAA